UGAGAUUUCUCGCUGCCCAAUCCCCCUGUUCCCCCGGGAGCAGCAGCCUUCCACGGUCCGUCCCUCCCUCUUGUUUGCUAAUCAUUUCAUUUUACUCCUUUUUGAAGCGGUGGCUUGUUUUUUAUCCCACUUUUCAUUUUUCCACAAUCCGCGGCUGCUCGCCUCCCUCUGAUCCCCGGCUCUCCACGCUCCGUUCUCCCGGUGUAAGGCUCUCCGGAUCCCGGCUGAUUCUCGUCUCUCUCUUUCGGCUCCUCUGAGAUGCUCUCCCCGCUCUCCGCUCCUCUCUCCGCCCUCUUUUAACUUCACAGAGACGCCGGUUUAAAGCCCGGACUGCUGCGAGCCGGGGCUGGGAUCUAAAACAACCCCGGAGAAACCCAGAGGGAUCCCGGGCUCUUCUUUGGAUCAGGACCCGGUACUUUGGGGAAGCUCGCUCGUGUGUCCUCCACCCCCUCCUCCUCCCCUCCUUCUGCAUCGCUCCUCUUUUCUCCACCUUAAUCCAGGUGGUCCUUUGGCAUUUUUGAGUGGCUGGUACAGGGAGGAUUAUUCUUCUUCUUCUUUCUUGUUUCUGGUGAAGACAAAGUUCCCAGAAGGACACUUUGAUGUUCUCCAUCCAGGACAGCCUCCCCCGGGGGGCCCUGACCAUGAAGGAGGAGCCGCUCCCCACCGGCAUGACCCCGGUCCGCUCCUGGAUGCAGGGCGCAGGGAUUUUGGACGCCAACACAGCGGCCCAGAGUGGUGUUGGUUUAGCCCGAGCUCACUUUGAGAAGCAGCCACCGUCCAACCUGAGGAAGUCCAACUUCUUCCACUUUGUGCUGGCGCUGUACGACAGACAGGGUCAGCCGGUCGAGAUCGAGAGGACUUCCUACGUCGACUUUGUGGAGAAAGACAAGGAGUACAACGGAGAGAAGACCAACAAUGGGAUCCACUACAGGCUACAGCUCCUCUACAGCAACGGCAUCAGGACAGAACAGGAUCUUUAUGUUCGGCUGAUAGACUCCAUGACCAAACAGCCGAUCCUGUACGAAGGUCAGGACAAGAACCCAGAGAUGUGCCGCGUCCUCCUCACCCACGAGAUCAUGUGCAGUCGGUGUUGUGACAAGAAGAGCUGCGGAAAUCGCAACGAGACGCCGUCUGACCCCGUCAUCAUCGACAGAUUCUUCCUUAAGUUCUUCCUCAAGUGCAAUCAGAACUGUUUGAAAAAUGCAGGAAACCCACGAGACAUGAGGAGGUUCCAGGUGGUGGUUUCCACUACAGUCAACGUUGACGGCCACGUGCUGGCGGUGUCAGACAACAUGUUCGUGCACAACAACUCCAAACAUGGCCGCCGCGCCCGACGCCUGGACCCCUCUGAAGCAGCCACGCCCUGCAUCAAAGCAAUCAGCCCGAGCGAGGGCUGGACGACUGGCGGGGCCACCGUCAUCCUCAUUGGGGACAACUUCUUUGAUGGCCUGCAGGUUGUCUUCGGCACCAUGCUGGUCUGGAGCGAGCUGAUCACCCCUCAUGCCAUCCGGGUCCAGACUCCCCCUCGUCACAUCCCCGGGGUCGUGGAGGUCACGCUGUCCUACAAAUCCAAACAGUUCUGCAAAGGAGCGCCGGGACGCUUUGUCUACACCGCCUUGAACGAGCCCACCAUCGACUACGGCUUCCAGAGGCUACAGAAGGUCAUCCCUCGCCACCCCGGGGACCCCGAGAGGUUACCUAAGGAGGUGCUGUUGAAGCGAGCAGCCGACCUGGUGGAGGCUCUUUAUGGGAUGCCACACAACAACCAGGAGAUCAUCCUGAAGCGAGCGGCCGACCUCACCGAGGCCCUCUACAGCGUCCCUCGCAGUCACAACCAGCUGCCGUCUCUUACCGGCUCGGCCGCUCACUCGGGGAUGAUGGGAGUCAACUCGUUCAGCAGUCAGCUUGCCGUCAACAUCUCCGAGGCCUCUCAGGCCGACCAAGGUUAUUCCCGUAACUCGAACAGCGUGUCUCCUCGCGGCUACGUGCCGAGCUCCACGCCUCAGCAGUCCAACUACAACACCAUCACAUCCACCAUGAACGGAUACGGAGCGGGGAUGACCAACCUGGGCGUACCUGGAUCCCCCAGCUUCCUCAACGGCUCCACCAACUCUGCUUACGCAAUCAAACAGAAGAGCGCCUUCGCCCCUGUCGUGCGGCCACAGACCUCCCCGCCCCCCACCUGCACCACCACCAAUGGCAGCAACCUCCAGGCUAUGGCAGGCCUCAUCGUCCCGCCCAUGUGAGGAGGAUUCUCAGCCAGAUACCGUCAGACCCCUCCCCCGACCCCCUGAGCGCUGAUGGCCCCGCCCACCUGAAACGCCACAACAAGAACAGCAGCGAAAAAUCCUUCCCGUCAUCCCCCCAGACCGACCCAGAAUCCAUCACUGCAGCAGAAGAAAAAGUCUGACUCUUCAUCGAUUCAUUCAGCGCCAUCGUGUUCGAUGUGGAACUUUAAAUCAACGAGCAGCCGCUCCCUCAGAGGAGGUCAGAGGUCAGAGAUGUGAACUGUGGGAGGGAGGGCAGGUGUCUGCAGUUACUACAUGUUGUGUGAGUAUUUGUUGUGCUGAGUUAGUUUGACUUCAGAAGUCUGUGGAGACUCAACAGGUCUCAGAUCAGUUUGAACCACUGUGAGACAGGAAGGAGGCGUGUCCACCGGCAGCUUCUGAUCACCACCACGACAUCACCAAGAAAGGUUUAGAUCUCAUUGGAUAAUAAGCCAAUCAGGUUUGAUUUAAAGGGCCAGUGCUCUUGAACAUUUUAGCCACUACGUACAAAUCACAGGUGAACAUUUAUUUUUUCAUUCCAGGUCUCCGUUGACUUUCAUUUAUUUCCAUAUAAUAGGAAUUAUUAAGAAGACUCUAAAAAGUUGCACAUCUUUUAUAAUCUAUCACAGUCAAGUUGUCCGGUGGCGGACUUGUUCAAGCCUCCAUCUUUCAUUCCUUCAGCCACCCUCCUGAAAAGGUCGCAGUUGAGAUAGUUGCACGUAUUCAAAAAUCUCUUGAUAUCCAAGUCUUUUAUAAAGUUUAAAAGUAGGUGUGCAUCACUUUUGAGCAUACCUCUCUGACCCACAGCCCUGCAAACUGGCAAUGCAUGUAAUUCAUUCAUUGUGCAAAAUUAGAAAGAACAUGUUGGCCGAUGCUGAUAGUUCAUUUUAAAGCCAAAAGUGAUGUUCACUGUGAUAGAUUACACAAGAUAGACAAGUUUUAAGAGUCAACUUUAAAAUUAACACGGUCAGUCUAUUAUAUGGAAAUGAGUCGACACUACGGAGGACCUGAAUGGCCAAAAAAUAAAACGAUGUUUUUUUUAAAAAAAUACAAUCAAAUGUGCAGACAACAUUAAAAUAAAAAGCAAAAUGAUAUAUACAGCAGUUGAAACUUACCACCUCACUGGUAUGGUGCCUGAAAUAUUACAAUGAAUCAUAAUUUUUCUCUGCAUGUUUUAGUUCAUUUAUUUCAAACUCUCCAUCAGUCUUUGGAUUGAUAUUCCCCCCCAACAAGCUUCUGUUGCUUUGAGUUUAUUUCUAUGAAAAUGAACCUGCAGAAAGAAAAUUGUUUCAUCAACAUUAAGUCAACUUUUACAUUCCUUAUUGUUGCAUGACAAAAGUUCAGACUUCAACUCAUUCUGCACUUUUUAAACAACAUCAGGCAACAAUGACUGACGUGAUGGAAAAUAUUCGUCUCUGCAGAUUAAAGUUCAGAACAAAUGAAGAUAAAUUAUCUUUAUGGUUGUUCACAGGUGAUGUCAGCAUGUGGUCGCAUAGUCAGUGAGCUUAAAUGUGAAAAACAGCGGUGCAACCCUUUAAAGCUACAGUCAAAUGUGUAACAUGUGACUCUGGAGAAAGAUCGUUGAUUGUUGAGUCAGAGGACGUUGAUUAUGGACAAGUUGAGUUUGUAGUUGAACCAAACCACCGACCCAAAGCAUCGAUAUUUGACAAGCAGGGAAUGAGUCUCAGCAAUCAACUAUCUUUCUCCAGAGUUACAUAGCAGCACUUUUAAGGUAUUAAAUGAUUGAGCGCCCAAAAUAACCAUAUUUUGGUUAUAAUAUGUUUUAUAAAUUCCAUGUUAAAAUCUCUAAAACCUCUGAUUGGUUGUGGCUGGAUCAGAAGCUUUCGGUGGACUCUGAACCUGAGUUGGACCGAGUCCAGAAACCAGGAAAAAUCAAACUCUUCAAACCUUUUUUUUUUUCUAAUCUGGAAAAACCGUCAGACGGUUUCCAGAUUUUCAAUCAGAAAAACUAAAACUCCCCGAAGGACCAGACUCCUUAAAGACGUCUGAUAAAGAUCACGUCUUCUGGCAUUUUCCUUUCUGUACCAUAGCUUUUAACGAUAUUUGUGUCUCAUAAUCUGAAAAGGAGGAAAAUGCAGUAAUUUUCUAAGCUAAAGAAAGAAUUAACAAACAUCCUGCAGAGAAGAACAAAUGUUACACUAACAUUUGUCUGAAUAAAGUCGAGGCAGCCCAAUGUUUUGUUUUUGUUUUGUUUUAUUUUUUAAUAAUUUUCAGUUUUUUUUGUUUCGGUCAUUUGUCAAUUUUAAAAAUCCAGUACAAUAGUUUCUGUUUCGCGGGUGUGUCGAGUGGUAGAUUUUAACCAGAAAAAGCUUGCAGCAGUUUUAAUCACAUUUAGGUACCAGAUUUUCUUGUUAUUCUUCUGAUUGUGCUUAUUUUAUAUGUAUUUAUAAAAGUAUGUUUUGGGGAGUUCCUUUUGUGAUUUAGGCCUGAAUGAUAGUCUCAAAUAUAUAUGUAAACACAUUUGAUGUCUUAAUACCUUUUAGAUAUUGUAAAAAGAGUGAACAAGUGAGAGGAAUUAACCCUUUUGUAAAAACAAAAAAAAACGUCACGACAUGGUCACCCUGUUUUUGAAAGCAGGACGUAAAAAAAAACGCUUUCAUCACUUUUGUAUAAAAAUGCUUUUCCGAUACGAUAUUUAACUUUUUGUAAACAGCAUCAUUUGUGUUUCCCCUGGUUCUUCUCGUCCUUUGUGUAUUAUUGUGAAAUGUAUAAUCAUGGUUAUUUCUUAAUGCACUAUUUUUGUUGGGGCACUUAAUAAGAGCAAUGCAUCUUAGCGAAAAAGAAAAAAAAAAAAAAGCUAAAAGUUACAAAAAAAAGAUGAAAGCUAGAACGAUAUGCACCGAUAUGUUUUUUCUGCCGUUCUGAGACGGCAAAAAUCCUUGUCAUGUGAAAUUUUUAUAUUUCAGAAGCUUAUAACGUCAUAAUAUUCCUCCACUCUUACUUUUGGACCGAGCGUAUCUCUUGGUUUCGGUGUUUAGAAGACAAUAUUUUAUCCAUCUUAAUAUUAGACCCGAUCCUCGUCUUUGUGUUUUUUGGUGAGAAUGAUUGUACGAUUUAAAAACAGGCAGCAGAUUUUAAAACCACUCCGAAAAUGAGUUUUUGGGUCACUGAUCUCAAGGAAACUUCCAUCGAUGUUGGUGUUGUUGUUGAUGGUGCUGUUCUCGUCGUCGCACACAAUCUGGAUCAUUUACUUAUGCAACUGUGUUCCUGUUCUGUAAUGCAAGCUCGUCUUCCACGCUGCCGUGGAAACGUUCGGAAAAAUUAAAAGAACUAAAAGUCGUGUUUGAUGCCUUACGAUUGACAACACAAAGUCUUCUCUUUGUUUGACAAAGUUUUCAUUCUGCAGGAUUUAUCGUAGAUCGUUUUCAUUUGGUUUUUAAUUUGUUUGACGAGUCUCCAGUUAAACUGUGAGGACUUUUGUUUUGCACCAAACGUUUGUCCCUCAGGUUUCCCUAAAAAACAUGAGGUUUGCAUCAUCAGCACUGACCUGAAACUGAAAAAGCUACGUUAGCAGUUAGCCUUCCAAACAGCCUUUCAAGCUAAAGCAGGAUUUAUACAUGUUCGUCAGCUCUAUGCAGAGCCUACGCCAUAGCCUACACACCUGGCCUACACCGUUGUGAG